GUUUUGCAAUGGAACAAAUAUGGUUGCUGUUGCUUCUAACAAGUAGAGUGCUUCUGGGGUCUUCUCAGUUUAAUGGCUACAACUGUGAUGCCAACCUCCACAGUAGAUUUCCUGCCGAAAGAGACAUCAAUGUCUACUGUGGGGUGCAGGCCAUUACAAUGAAGAUUAAUUUUUGCACAGUACUUUUCUCGGGUUAUUCUGAAACGGAUCUGGCGCUGAAUGGAAGGCACGGGGACUCCCACUGCAGGGGGUUCAUCAAUAACAACACCUUUCCCGCGGUGGUCAUUUUCAUCAUCAAUCUCAGCACCCUGGAGGGCUGUGGAAACAGCUUAGUGGUAUCUACAGUUCCUGGAGUCAGUGCUUAUGGGAAUGCAACUUCAGUACAAAUAGGAAAUAUUUCCGGAUACAUUGAUACUCCAGACCCACCAACAAUCAUCAGCUAUCUACCUGGGCUGCUUUACAAAUUUAGUUGCAGUUAUCCGUUGGAAUACCUGGUUAACAACACCCAGCUUGCCUCGUCCUCAGCUGCUAUUUCUGUGAGAGAGAACAAUGGUACAUUUGUCAGCACUUUGAACCUGCUCCUUUAUAAUGAUUCAACCUACAGUCAGCAGUUAAUUAUCCCAAGUAUAGGAUUGCCUUUGAAAACCAAAGUUUUUGCAGCUGUACAAGCCACUAAUCUGGAUGGCAGAUGGAAUGUCUUAAUGGAUUAUUGCUACACAACCCCGUCAGGGAACCCAAAUGAUGAUAUUCGAUAUGACCUCUUCCUUAGCUGUGACAAAGAUCCUCAGACCACUGUCAUCGAGAAUGGCAGAAGCCAGCAAGGCCGGUUUUCCUUUGAAGUGUUCCGAUUUGUGAAACACAAGAAUCAGAAAAUGUCCACUGUUUUCCUGCACUGUGUUACCAAGCUCUGCAGAGCGGAUGACUGUCCCUUUCUUAUGCCAAUUUGCGGCCACAGAGAAAGGAGGGAUGCAGGGAGGAGGACCACUUGGAGCCCCCAGAGCACGUCUGGAAACGCCGUCCUCUCUGCUGGCCCCAUCAUUACUCGGAGUGAUGAGACUCCAACCAACAAUUCACAGCUUGGUUCUCCAGGUGAACCUCCUUUCCAGCUGAAUGCCAUCACCAGUGCACUCAUAUCAGGAAUGGUCGUCCUGGGAGUCAUGAGCUUUUCCCUUCUUCUGUGCUCACUGGCCCUUCUACACAGGAAGGCACCCACUAGUUUGGUGUUGAAUGGCAUAAGAAACCCAGUCUUUGACUGACUUUAACAGGUCCCUUCUCUCAGGAGAAGGAUUCACUGACUAUACCCUGUGUGACUGAAGUCAGUGUUUUCAUCCAAAUUGAAUGCCGACCAGCAUUUGAUAUUUGUAGGUUUGAUAGAUUUCACAGUGUAGUUCGUCAGCAUGAUGAUGAUAGUGAAAGAAUUUUGAUGGUAUCGUUCUUGUCACGUAAGUAUGUGGUCAGCCCUAUUCUCAUGGCACCGAUGGGUGUAAUGGCAACAAGCGAACAAUAUUCAGGGCUUAGAUCUUACAGGAUCAGUCAUAUUUCAUUUUAUUUCAACUUUCUUUUGAUUAUUGGUUGUUAGAGAGAUGAAAGGUGGGCAUAGAAAAAAAAGUACAUUUGUUGCAUUUUUUUCCCCUAAGCAUUAAAACCUGGUGUGAUGGCAUUUAGAUUGUUUAUGUGGUCCUAAAAUGAAAGUUACUUUUUUGUUGUUGUUUUAUUCCAGAUAAUUCCAGCUUGGGGAUAUGUUUCAAUUGGACUGGUCAGUUUGGACUCCUGAGAUUUAAUUACUCUUUCUAUGACCUGUGUGUUUUGGG